GGCAGGCAGCGGGGCGAAAUCGGAGGAGAAAGAGUCGUCUGGGUGCAGAGGGGCGGACACCGCUGCAGUCAUAUGCCGCAAGGACCCUGCUAAAUCCGGGGAUGGAGCGAGGAUCACUCCGGCUCUGGUGCUGCUCGGCAUCCACUUGGUUAGGAAGUCCACAGAGGAGCACGGAAGUGAUGGCGAUGACAUGUUGACCCAGGCGCUUCAGGGAGGGUGUGCUAAUCCGGGAUUUGGCAAACAGAUUACGGCACCGUAUGUAUGUUAAAAACCGGCGUGAGAGAUGGGCCAAAUAAGGGCAAGAGCUUUUACAUUUGCAUUGACAAGCAGGGCUGUGAUUUCACUCAACAGGCCAGUGUCCCGCCAUCGCACUGUCUGUGUCACGAAGAUUCAGUGGUGGAGCUCCAGGCCAUCAGCUUCAGUCAACAGCAGCAGAGCCACCGACUGUACUACAGAUGUGCUGUUGGAAAAAAGGCAGGGCAGAGAUGGUGUGGAAAUGUGCCUUGGACUGCUGCAGAAAAGGAAAGAAGAAGCCCUCUAACCGACUCCCAGCUGCAGCCCUCUUGUAUUCCACAUGUCAGAAAUCCUUUUAAGGCUCCCGGCAUGACGGAAAAAACCUCAGACCGGAGAAACAGUCAGAGUGUCGGGCGUGAAGGGAAAGAUGGAGAGAAGAAAACUGUUACAGAGAAUCAUAAUGCUGAAGGAAAACAAGGUUCCCAUAAGGAAAAUGUGGAGGCUUCAGGCUCAUCUGAAACAUAUCGAGGUAAACUGCUUCCCCCUGGAUUGAAGCUGAAGAAGAGGGUUUCAAGUGAGGAAAGCAACAACUCCAAAGCUGAGGGCGAUGAUAAAGCAGCAGAGAGGAUACGAGGCAGCAGUGAGAAAGAUUCAGCCGAGGAGUUAAAAGAAGAAAAAACAAUUUCUACUCCUGAAAUUACCGUCGAUGUCAACCGAUCUCAGAAGAUCAGUCAAACUGGCCCAGAUCUCCAGAGAAACAAACCACAGAAAGAAGCCGAAAGCCGCUCAGUGAGUCGGGCUGAACCUGUAGCAGAGAAUGCAGGGUCUGCACCCAGUAGCAGCCAAGCUUCCAGAGAAGUCGUCCCGGCUGCCGUUAAACCCCAUAAAACAGAAGCCUGUCAAGAUGAGGACGAUGAUGUGGUGCUGGUUUCAGUGAAACCGGCAUCUCAGAAGACUCCUCCGGCUUCUGCUGUCCAAAAGACCAUCACCAGCUUCCCUGGGUUUCAGCCGGCUGCCGCUGAUCCUAAAGGGAUGCAGCGCCUCCUCAGUGCGCAGCUCCAGCAGAAGAAGGCCACUCUGUCUGCGGUGAAUGUGGCGGCCCUGCCAGAUAAAGGAGAGAGGCUGAGGACUCAGGUUAAAGAACUGGAGGACGCUCUGGAGUCCCUGAGCCUCACUGCUGCUUCUCAGCAAGAGUCUGUUGAUGAGCCUAAGAGCAGCGGUUCUGCUGCUGGUCGGCCUGUGGUGAAUCCAUUCAACAGGCAGGGUGGUACCAUGCUGCUCCCCUCCCCUCCUGUACCGGGCCCAGUCCAGCACCAAGCCUCAGGCAGCUCCUCGGGGAUUCAGCUAAGCCAGGGAAACAGCCAAAUGUUUGCAGAUCUUCAGAUGCAUUCCUAUUAUGGCGGCAGGAUGACGAACGAGCGUCUGCUGGCGGUGAAAAACGCCACCUGUGAGGCCAUCGACCAUCUUCAUAAAUCCCUGGAGUCCUGCCCGGAUGCUGAGCAGGAGGCCUCAGACCCCAGAGGCAUCAAGGUGUCACUAUUGGCCCAUCAAAGGAGAGCUUUGGCUUGGCUGCUCUGGAGGGAAACUCAGAACCCAUGUGGAGGAAUUCUGGCGGACGACAUGGGCUUGGGGAAAACUCUCACCAUGAUUUCUCUCAUCCUGAAAAAGAAGAUUGAGGCUAAAAAGGAAGAUGACAAAAAGGAAGGGAAGAAGCUGGACUGCUGGGUGUCUAAAAGUGAUUCCACCGUUGUCGUCUCUAAAGCCACUCUGGUCAUCUGUCCUGCCUCUCUGAUUCAUCACUGGAAGAAGGAAAUUGAACGACAUGUGAAGACGGGCAGGAUGUCUGUGUAUCUGUACCACGGACCCAGCCGCGAGAAAAGCGCCAGAGCAUUAGCAGAUUACGAUGUGGUGGUGACCACAUACGGUUUGGUCAAUAAGGAGAUUCCAGUCCAGAAGGAGGAUGCUGAUAACCCCAGCAAAGAUCCUGAUCAGAUGCCUUCGGGUUCCUCACCUCUUCUGCGAGUAUCCUGGGCCCGUGUGGUUCUGGAUGAAGCCCACAACAUUAAAAAUCCCAAAGUGCAGACCUCCAUGGCCGUGUGUCAGCUAAGAGCCCGCGCACGCUGGGCCGUCACCGGGACCCCCAUCCAGAACAACCUGCUGGACAUGUACUCACUGCUCAAGUUCCUGCGUUGUUCCCCGUUCGAUGAGUACAAGCUCUGGAAAGCUCAGGUGGACAACGGCUCCAAGAGGGGCCGAGAGAGACUCAACAUCCUGACGAGGACUCUGCUGCUGCGACGGACUAAAGAUCAGCUCGACUCGAUGGGAAAACCACUGGUGGAUCUUCCUAACCGGACCUGUGAAGUACAUGAGCUCAAACUCUCUGAGGACGAGCAGGCCGUAUAUGACGUGGUGUUCGCUCAGUCCAGAUCUACUCUGCAGAACUAUCUGAAGAGACAUGAAGGGAAGGAUUUGGACAAGGGAAAAACUUCCAGUGUCAAUCCGUUUGAUAAAGUGGCCCAGGAGUUCGGUUUAUCCCAGCCUGAUCCCGCAGUGUCCAGCUCUCAGCAGGCAUCCAGCACUGUUCACAUCCUCUCACUGCUGCUACGUCUCAGACAGUGCUGCUGCCACCUGUCGCUUCUUAAGAAGACAUUGGACUCAUCGGAGCUGCAGGGUGAUGGGAUCGUUCUGUCGCUGGAGGAGCAGCUGAACGCCCUGUCCCUCUCUUCAACGCCCUCUCAGUCAGUCCCUGACCCCAAUGACACUGUAGCCUUGAACGGCACGCGGUUCCCCUCCAAGCUGUUUGAGGAGACCAGUAAAAGCACCAAGAUUUCUGCCAUCACUUCUGAGCUCAUGACGAUAAGAGAGAAGGGCGACAAUCAGAAAAGCGUGAUCGUGUCGCAGUGGACCAGCAUGCUCAGCAUCAUAGCAGUUCAUCUGCGGCAGAUGGGCCUGACUUACGGGGUCAUUGACGGCUCGGUGAACCCCAAACGGCGCAUGGAGUUGGUGGAAGAGUUUAACACCAACCCUAAAGGACCGCAGGUUAUGCUCGUUUCUCUGUGUGCUGGUGGAGUUGGACUCAAUCUUAUCGGAGGAAAUCAUCUCUUCCUCAUAGAUAUGCAUUGGAACCCAGCCUUGGAGGAUCAGGCCUGUGACCGGAUCUAUAGAGUCGGACAACGUAAAGAUGUCACCAUUCACAGGUUUGUGUGUGAAGGAACAGUGGAGGAAAAAAUUACCACCCUGCAGACAAAGAAGAAAGAGCUGGCCCAGAAUGUGCUUUCAGGAACAGGAAGCACCGUCUCCAAACUCUCCUUGGCUGAUCUCAAAAUCAUUUUUGGUGUUUGAAACUAAACAAAAGUCUGUUGGUCAUCCUUUUGAAUGUUUACACAGGAGUUUGCGUUAAUAUUUCUGUAUGUAUGUAAACGUCUUGAUCCAAAUGAUCAAAUAAGAAUUGGAUUAAAACUGUUAAAUUAAAGGCAAUAUUAAGUCC